ACACACGACAGGACAGCCAGGAGUGGAGCUGACAUCCAGAAGUUAUACAGACUCCCUAUCUCCAACAACCAUGGGUCAAGUUCAAAGUGCAGCUGAGACUCAAGCUGAAGCUCAAUGUUCAAAGAAGACCAUUAAAGCAUAUAGAGAGUUGUUAAUGGGUCUAAGAAUUCGCAGCAUGAUAGGGUCUUAUAUGAUGUACGACCAGUCAGACAAAUACAGUACCUUGGCGUCCUGGAUGCUCAUAGCAGCUAGUGGAAUAAUGGGCGUGGCUGCAGGAGGUUUAUCCCAGUACAUCCCUAUAGGGAAGGGAAGGAUCUCUUUGAUAUCUAAGAUAGCCAUAGGGAUGAUCACUGGCUCAAGCGGCACCUUCAAAGCUGGCAGCAUGCUUCUUCAUGAAAAGUUUGAGGAGAAGCAGAAGCUUUUCAACAAGACAGGCGCCGGAUGGCAGGAACUAGAGUUGAAGAUCCGUCACUUCCUUGAUACUACUGAGGACACAGAAAACAUAGAUAAGUACGAACAAUUCACAAAGGACUGUAUAAAACAACGGGGAGAUAUAUGCCGUCUGUCAAAACCAGAGAGGGGCAUCUACAAAAAGUUCAAUGCAGGUUCGCCCAGUAUCGUAAUGGAGCGAUAUAAGAAAAAGAGAGAUGUCGUCGCAGGUAUUCGAGAUGAACUUGAAAAGGAGGAAUCCUCCUCCGAAGAACUUGGAGAUGACUGACUUUUGCAACAAAUGCUUUCCCCGCUGUUUUUUACUACUUUAUGCUUUGAAGGCAACUGAUGUACCUGCACGUCAGUAAGACAAGAGUAAAUCUCAAUCUUUUUGUUUCUUUUUUAUUCGCAUAUUAUCUGUGACGGCAUGUUGUGUGUCCUUGUAAUGUAAUGUAAUUAAUCCAGACAUAAGAAUGAUAGAUAUUAAGGGUAAUACCUAGCCACUCUAUCCAAAUUUCUCGCCUCUUACGGCAAGCAGCAGUGUGAUGUGGUCUAAUGCUAACCCUGAAUAUUAUGAAUUUGAGUCAAAGGCCAAUAAGAAACUAAAAUAGAACUGUGAAUACAAAAACUUGUCAAAGCCGAACAAAUAUGACGAUAAUGUAACUCUAAAAUCUUAGCUUCUUGAAAAUUCGCAUAACUUUUAAUUGUCAUAUAUUUGUGGACGUUCUCCCCGUAAUGUCUGUUUACAGUCCCAUUAUAACGUUCUUUCGAAAGUCGGAUAACCAUCCUGUUGGUAUAACAUAGUUAUUUCCCAUGUCAUGUACAUAAAUAAAACUCGGGGAUAAACAAACGUUGUUACAGAUCUCCACAAGAUUGUAUGCCGGGGGAUGGGGAUGGGCGGCUUCAACUUUCCAAUAUUUAACAUUCCCUUUAUGUCGAGCGAUAUUCUAUCAGUUACAGCCUUUGGUGUCUACAUUUCACACCUUUUUGAGGUAUAAUAGAACAUGCUCUUUCUACGAAGCUUUCAAAAAGCGUCAUACGACGGAAGAUAUUUCAAAACUUGACGCAUCAGUGACCACAAGGAUGUCCGGUGCAAUUCACUAUAUUGACUUGUACCAUGUGUUCCAUGUAUUGUUUUGUUUAUCCGAUAAACAAUUGACUUGCAUGUGCAUGUAUUUGUGACGAGUGCAAUCGGUGGGGCAGAAUAUGUUCACCUAGUACAGCACUAUUUGAUAGUGAUUAAUAAACUAUAAAAGUCAAAGCCAGCGAAUAAUCAGUCUCAAUUAUCCGCCGAACAGAUUCCUUUGAGCACCGAUACUGACUUGUGAACUGACAAUUGUCCCACGCCACUUUCAAGCUGAGAUGACGUCAGGCAAAAGGCAAAAUAGUGGCGGAAAAAUUAUGUAAAUAGAUCACUGAAAAUCAAUGACACCAUGUGUUCGCGAAAAAGGUAAGCAUGUCCUGCUCUACCGAUAUCACCCGCCACUCACAGAAUUUGCAUUAGAAAAGUAAGUGAAACAAUUUACCGUUCUAUUGGAUGACGUAAUGGUAGACGCCAGGGUCACAUAGAUAGCCUUUUAGUCGAGUGGUUAAAACUUAAGUACAACGUGUGAAGCCUAAAUCUGGUGUCACCCGUUUUAGUUUUGCUGGAAAAUUGCUAACGGUGGCAUUAAACAACACUCAAUCACCCAGUGUUCGCUCAAAAGGGUUAACAUAUCCUGCUGUAGUGGUAGAAUCCGCCACACACACAAUUUGCAUAAAAAAGUAAAAAUAUUAAAAACAAUAUUCAUGAUAUAGUCAGAAUCACACACUGGACUAUGCUACUAGCAAAGAUAAUCAUUUCUUAUGAAUAUGGAAAUGGUUUUGUCGCUUUUAUGUAUGUAGUUAUCUUUUAUUAUAAACCUGACAUUUUCAUUGUUGUAUCGAUCACAAAUGCUUUUUAACGUUUAAUGUUACUUUUCAAACAUGUAAUAUAAUUGAACUAUUGUUAAAGUGAGCGCGGAUUCCACCAACAAUGUUAUUUGGAUCAUUUAGAUAGAUCAUAUAGAUUAUGUAUUUUCAUUUAGUGUGCAAACAUGGUGUGGGUUUUUUAUUAUUGAUGUACGUCCUGAAAAAGCUUACUGUCGCUUUCUGAUUCUGAAGGUUAACCAUUUAUAAGAUGGAAAUGGAUCGAACAUAAGUUUUGCAAUUUGUCUACAAAAUGUCAUGCAUUAUGGGAUAUAUUUUGUGCGUAGUGCUUAUCUUA